GCAGAUAUUCGUGGUCCGGUGCUACUGUGAUUCCAGUUGUUUUCACAUCCCCGCACCAACAAAGAGAGUCAGAGCUACUGUCUCUUUCAUCUCAGAGUAAAUGUGGUGAGUGAUGCGCAACUAACGACCGACGCUCCUGUACAGCGAGGAGAGAAGAAGCAACAAAGAGCUGAAACACACCUUGCUCUCUAUAGGAGAAAUAAGAGGCACCCUGAAAAGCCACAGGCGGACCAGAGAAAACCCUAAAGAGCGAAAAUGGUGUCGGCUGGACUGGAGAUCCUGGGACUUUCCCUGUGCGUAAUUGGCUCGCUCCUGGUGAUGGUUUCAUGCGGGCUGCCCAUGUGGAAGGUGACGGCUUUCAUUGAAGCAAACAUCGUGGUGGCUCAAACGAUCUGGGACGGCUUGUGGAUGUCGUGUGUGGUGCAAAGCACGGGACAGAUGCAGUGUAAGGUGCACGACUCCGUCCUCGCCCUCACCCACGACCUGCAGGCAGCCAGAGCGCUUACUAUCAUCUCCUCUGUGAUGGGCGUGCUGGGGCUCAUGGUUGUCAUCGCGGGGGCGCAGUGUACCAACUGUAUCCGCGCUGAAUACGUCAAAGCCCGGGUGGUGAACGCCGGAGGGGUCAUCUACAUCAUCAGCGGUCUGUUCGUGUUGGUGCCGCUCUGCUGGAUGGCCAACAACAUCAUAUCGGACUUCUACAACCCGCAGGUGCCUGCAUCCAAAAAGAGGGAGAUCGGCGCUGCGCUCUACAUCGGCUGGGCAGCCUCAGCGUUGCUGCUGAUCGGAGGAGCGUUGCUGUGCUGCUCCUGUCCCUCCAGCGGGAACUCUGGAUACUCGGUAAAGUACGCACCGACCAAGAGAGCCACGCAGAAUGGGGACUAUGAUAAGAGGAAUUAUGUCUAGCUGUUUGGCCAACAGCAGACGGUGCGUAAAAGUGAUCUGCAGCUUUUGAAAAACUCUUUUGUUGACGGACGUUCUUUUUUUUUUGCACCUGCUGUUUUUGUUUUGUAGAGAUGUGAACUUUGAAAUCAUUGGAGGCACCUCUGCUGUAUUUUUACACUGGCACCCACUUCAAUGCGCUCGGACCACAAAUUUACACAUCCUUUUUUGUAUCCACAGGAGAUUAAAAUAAGACUAUCAACAACAAGAGGUAGCUGAAGACAAAGAGGAGUAUCUUUGUUAGGUACCUGCCUUUGUAAGUCUUCGAAAAUAUCAUUAGCAUUUUGAGUUGUUUACUGUUGUAACUGCAAAGUUUAUCUUCUCGAGAGGAACUCUGCCAGCGAAUAUACACUCUGUUCUUUUUGCGUUGAUGUGUAUUGUCAGCACAGACUUGUACAGUAACUGAGAAUGAUUGCACUCCCACAAAGAACCAUUUCCUUUAAUGGAACUACGCCGACAUGUUGAGGACUCCAACAAUGUCCAACAGCAAUAAAAUAGAGAGAGGAAGAAGCGUGUAGACAUGUGAAAGCCCUUAUAAAUUUCGAACAGGACUUUGUGUAUUGUUCCCCAGUUAAUGCCGAAGACUUUUUGAGGAGAGGUUUGCAGUCUACGUGGACAUGCAGACCCAGGAAUCCUAAAUGAACAGCUCCCACCAUGAAAAGUAUCAGUCCAGAACUUGGCUGCACUAAACACCUGCGACGUUUUUUCAUCAUUGUCACGGCAGGAAAUCCUUUCUUUUCAAAACAUUUUCGGAAUAAACGUUUUUCUCUGUUGGUUUGUUGAUGUAAUGAUUCAUUAUUUGUGUUUAUGAAGAUGCAAUAUUGUUUCGUUUUAUUAAGAUUAAACUGAGUAUAUUGUCUAAAAUCUUUAGAAAA